UCGAACGUCAAAACUGGGAAUUUGUAUGAUUUGAUUGAUUUGGACGAUGUUAAAAAACACAAUAGUGAAGUUAGAAUUGAAACUUCGCUCAUUUUCCUUCUCCGAUUAAUAUUACAGCAAUUUUUUAAUAACACUAUAACUAUUCACGAACAAUCGCGUGUGUAUGAAACGCAAAGUUUUCCUGUUACAAAGUGCAAUUGUGUAUCUCAAUACGAAUAAUUGAUUGUGUUUUGCCUGUGAACAGUGAACUUUUACACGGAAAGAUUAGAUAAAAGCUUGCAACUUAAUUGUGUUUAGUGUAAACAGUAAUAAUGAGUGAGCCAGUGAAAAUAUUCGACGUGAACUCUGACCAUACCUUAUCGAAUGCUGCCGUAAUGGGGCCAGCGGACACCCCUUCAUUUAGAAAUCCUAUUCCUGGUACAUCUGGUGUUAAUAAUGGUUUCGGCCCGCCUGUGUUACCACCACGACCAGACUUAUCUAUGCAGACAAACUAUGGCCUGAAUAAUGGCAUGUCUUACGGUGGUAUGGGAGGAUAUGGUAUGGGGUACGGUGGAAUGGGAUAUGGAGGAUACAAUAGCUAUGGUAUGGGGGGUAUGGGAAUGGGCAUGGGUAUGAGUCCAUAUGGAGGAUAUAAUAGAUACGGCCCAAUGUAUGGAGACAUAGAGAAUAGAUUCAUCCAAAUGGCAGAGGAGAACUCGAGACCAGCAUUUGACUCCAUUCAGAGUGUUGUGAAUGCAGUGGGCAGUGUUGCAAUGAUGCUUGAGAGCACAUUCUUUGCUCUGACCAGCUCUUUUAGAGCCAUACUUGGUGUAGCAGAAAACUUUGGUCGGCUCAGAUCAUUAUUUGCCCAGUUCUGGUCUACAUUUGCUGUAGUGCGCAGCUUAAACUGGCUUGUAAGGAAACUCUUAGUUUUAUUGGGAAUCAGAACAGAAUGUGAAUUUAAGGCAUGGGCGGAAGCGGUGCAAGCCACACAGGCCGGGUCUGCAACACCCGAACAAAAAGCCAAGGGGUCCAGCUGGCCCAUACUCCUGUUCUUUGGAGUCAUCGCCGCAGCGCCUUACAUCGUGCUCAAGAUGCUGAAUGGGCUAUCUUCGAGUAUACAUGAAAAAUUACAAGACCCAUCCACCUGGCAGAAUCCCCUGCGUGCGAUCGCCCAACACGACUUCCAAGCGUCAACACCCCAGGAGAUCAGCUUUAACGCGCAUCAGGUCCUUACCCUCGCGCCACAACACCUCCAGGGCCACCUCUGGAACUCCGGAUGGCUGAUGGCAACAACAGACAGACAAACAGCCGGACUAGUUCCUGUUAACUAUAUAAAAGUUGUGAAACCAGUUAACCAAAUCGAAAAUGUCGCCAGUAAUACAAAUAUGAAUAGUACUUCAAACGAUAAUGAAACAUCCGGCAAACCUUUAGAAAGUUCACCAGAUCCUACGGUUGCAGCUGAAUUAGAGAAAAUUUACAGUGGACAAGAACUUUAGUUUUUUUUUUUAAGUUGGCAACAUUAUAUUAUAUUUUUGUUUGGUUUGGCAACACUGAGUUGCUAGUUGCUACUUACCGGGUGAUGUCUUUAUUUUUGUGAAGAUAAAAAGUGAAAAAAGAGACAAAAGCGUUUUAAAAUGAACACAAGUCAGCCAUUGACGGUCAAUUAUUCUCAUGUUUCUGCAGCACAAACGGCAGCGAAGAUGUUUCAUAAGUCGAGCCGUCAUGCACGCAGUGACCAAUACACGAUCAGUUAUAGUCGUGGGUGCUGCAGAUACGUGAGAAUAAUUGAUCGUCAAUGGCGUGCAUUAUCUUUAUAUUUCACUGCGUCUGAUCUCGAAACAAAGCCUUUGUAUUUCUCUGAGCUUACUGCUAAGUAAGUAAUCUAUAUGCCUGCCUUGCCAAUAUUAUCUAAAGCUAACAAACUCCCAAAGUAUACUACUAUACCAUAUUUUAACAAAAAAGUAAAUAAUACAAUAAUAUAGUUGACUCAUAUAAAAUUUAAUAUAAAAAAUAUGAAUUUCGUUUGAUGGGCACGAGUAUAUAAAUAUUUUGAUUUCAAUUACUAUAAGUUGAGGGUUUUUUAUAAAUCUUAAGUUAAAAAUGAUGGAUUUUUUAUUUAUUUUGUGACGUCACGAUAUUACUUGACGUCACUAGAGGAGUAAACGUUAAGCAAAGGCACGUCCAGUUUUUUGCUUCAGUCAGUCUUGUUAUUAAUGAUGCGUCACGACACGAUACGUCAGACAAAUAUAAAUCCGGCUUUACACAGUUUAGUGUUCACGUGACGUCAUGACCCAGAUAAAAAAUAGUCUAGUCUAAUAGUAGUGGCUUAUAGUGUUUUGGCGCGUAUUGUCAAAAAAAUAUUUAAAUACAAUUUUCAUAUAGUCAUGUCUUAAAUAUUUUUCUUAUUUUUCAAUCAAGUAGAACAAUAAUGAACAAUAUAAAACCCUUUUAAGUGUUAAAUAGCUUAUUAACUUUAUUGCACACAUUCCAAUCUAAAGCUAUGUUCUCUCGCUUGCAAAGCACUGUAUGCCUCUGUAAUAUGUAUGAAUAACAGUUAACUUAUUUUUUAACCGACUUAAAAAAGGAGGAAGUUCUCAAUUUAAUCGGUAUCAUUUUUUUAAAAUAUAUGUUUAUAGAUUACAUAUUAAAAAGUAAAGAUACGCUUUUUUGUAUAACACAAGAUUUAAAAUUAAAGUUUGUACAAGCCGAGCCUUUGACGAUGUAAUUCUGUAUUAGAUAUUGUUUAUUAGACGAAUUUUAUUUUUUUACCUAAUUAUAUUUACUUUUUAUUUGCUAAUGAAUUAUUUUGUUACAUAAAAAUAGAUGAAUGUGUCAACUCACAAUAAAUUUAUUUACAUAAGGUAAAUAAAUAAGACAACAAUAAGAUAAUUUUCCCAUAACCCAAACUUAGCUUUUACCAAAAACACUUUAAAACGGUCAGACUAUAGAAAGUCAUGUGAAGUUAUAACUACCCUGCAUAGCUGUUAUGGGAAAAUUUACAUACACAGUUAACGCAAAUUAGAUUAUGUUUAUUUUAUACUAGCAGACGCCCGCGACUUCGUCCGCGUGAAACUGGGUAUAAUCUUUCAACUACCCCUACUUUACCCUACCCUACCCCUUCAAAUUUUUAAUUUUUUUCUGUCAUAAGAACCUUCUGUCAAUAACAACCACAUAAAAAAAAAUAGUGAAAUCGGUCCAGCCGUUCACGCGUGGUGGCGUGACCAAGGGAUAUAUGGAUUCAUUUUUAUAUAUAUAGAUUAAGAUAAUAUAUAACAAUAUAAUGAUGCCAAUUUUUAAAUACAGUGUGUAUAUAAAGCUUUUUGAAUUAGUCAAUGUUCUGGGAUAUCUGUAUAGUCAAUUAAUCAUUGCAGGUUGUGUAUAAGGUUUAGGGGUGCAAUUCUUGGUGAAUUUUUAAUUUAGAAUAUGUAUAUUAAUUAGAAUGUAAAAUUGCGUAUGAAAACUAGCUUUUACACGCAUUGAUUCCAGGCCAUUUCUGUACGAAGUAUCUGAAUAAAAAUUUGUCAUAAGUUACUACUUGCAACAUCACCAUCAGCUAUAUGCGAAUGGAAGUACCAUCAAAAUCGGUCCAGUCCAACGAGCGGGUAAUAAUUUAAAUUAAAAAAAAUGUAAAUGUAAAAAAUACCUACCUAUAAUCUUUAACAGAUGCUUUUGUUUAUUUGUAUAGAUUUGCCUUGUAGCGCAUACUCUGUAUAGCAUUUAUAACUACUUUGAACUACUACUUUCACUUCUAUAAUAAAAAAAAUCAUUGUAUGAAUUUAAUCUUAAUAAUUAGUUAGGCUUGGCAAUUGUAAAUAUUGUUUCAUGUUUUUAGUAUUAUUUAUUAAUACAUUAUUUGAAUAAUGGAAUUAUUAAUAAGAUCUUUCUGCAACUAUAGCGCCUUGGAGAUGAAACUUUUAUACUUUGCUGCUUUGUUUUAAGCAAACAAACAAACAAAAGUCAAGUUUAUCAAACAUGUUUACCAAUGCCUGUUGAAAUGGAACAGUAACAUAAAUAUAAUUUACAAAUUGUCACAAUUUAAUAAUUAUAAUUAUGAUUAAUAUAUUGAUUAUCAAUUUAUGGAUUUUAGCUUGGUUUUAUUUGUAUGCAUUUAUUUGUUGAUUGAAUGUAUGAUCUUUUAUAUGAAAGUUGUUGCAAUGGACUGAUUUUUAGUUGACAAUAAAUGAAUAGUUGAAU